GCAGACGGCCCCCCUACAGAAACGGCGCUCCCGCUCGAUACCUCAUCGUUUUUCCCCCAUGCUCACGGUGUUCGCGCCCGCCAGGAGCCCCCCCGGCUGACCGAGGAGGAGCUCGACGAGCAGGACGUGGCCCUGCCCGGCGUGGGCCCCGAGCCGCUCGCGAUGCCCGAGGGCAUGGAGGAGAUCGCGGAGGCUGGCCCCGCGGACACUGGGGAGCCCAUAGACCUGGCGAUGACCCGGCAGCGCAACGCCACCGUCCUCGCGGAGCUGGCGCGGGUGCUGCAGGCGGGGGCGGCGGCGCCCGCCGGCGAGGCCGCCGCGAAGUUGCUCGCCGGACUCAGCCGCCGCGCGCUGAAUGAGGAGCUCCUCCGCCUCCUGCGGGUGCUGACCCAGGCGGCCGAGGGCGCGAGCGAGCUGGUCGUGGGGGCGAGUACCGCCGACCAGGCGUUCGACAGGGCCUGGCGCCGCGCAGGCCUCCACUCUUGGGACACGCUGCUGGUUCGCUGGCACACUGCCACCACUGCCGGAGUCCAUGAGGACACCGCGGACGCCGCGGGCGUGGCGGAGGAGGGCGGCGCCGUGGAGGACGGCAGCGUGUCUGAAGGACCAGAAGCAGAGACGGCGUUGUUGGAAUUGUUGGUCGCCUACCUCCAGCGAGCUCACGAG